AUGAUGUCAUCAUCUUCAAAUCAUCCAGUUAAUGGUAAUCAUACGAAUAAAACAAUCAAAUGUGUUUGUGUAGGUGAUGGUUGUGUUGGUAAAACAUCAAUGCUUAUGUCAUAUACGACAAAUACAUUUUCACAGUCAUAUGUACCGACCGUAUUUGAUAAUUAUUCAAUUACUAUACUGAUUAGUGGUGAACCUUACACACUUGCUCUUUUUGAUACAGCUGGACAAAGUGGCUAUGAAUUAAUGCGUGCAUUUUCAUAUACAAAUACCGAUGUAUUUCUUGUUUGCUUCAGUGUUAUGUCUCCUGCAUCAUUUAAUAAUGCUCUUAAAAUAUGGAUUAAUGAAAUUCGUCAAACACCAUCAUCGCGUACAACACCAUUUAUUCUAGUUGGUACAAAAAGUGAUCUUCGUACAAGUAUAGCCGAUGUUGAAUUAUUAGCUAAAUCAAAACAAAAACCAAUAACACGUGAACAAGGUGAACGUGCCGCAAAAGAAUAUGGUGCAUAUGCAUAUAUUGAAUGUUCAGCAUUAACACAGGAAAAUCUUAAACAAACAUUUGAUUCUGCUAUAUUAGCUACACUUAAACCAGUAUCUUCGAAACGUGCUAGAAUUUUUUGUUGUUGCUCAUAA